AUGUCGGCCACUCUCGCGGUUGACGCCUCAACCACCACUGGGACAGCCCCGGCCGAAGAGACCACUCACGCGGCCUUUGGAGGCAUCAUCGAACAACCCACCCUCCCGCACAACAAUGUCACCACUGAACUAACCGCCGUCAUCUGGGUCCUCAUCGGCCUGGCCACCCUCUUCUUCUCCCUAAGGAUAUACUGCAAGAAGUCGAGGGAUCGGGGCUUGUGGUGGGAUGACUACUUACUCCUUCUCGCAAUGGUAUGCGCCUCUGGUCCCCCCGUCGCUAUCCUCGCAUCUGGAUCCCUCAUCACCGUCAGCGGCACGUAUGGCUUCGGAAAGCACAUCUACGAUAUGGACAACACCCUUUUCCCCAAGCUUCUACUCACCCUCAACCUAUCCGGGAGCUUAUCCACCCUGUCCGCCGCCUGGAGCAAAACGAGCUUCGCCUUCACACUCCUCCGAAUCUCCGAUAGCAGCCGCGUCCGCAAGUUCAUCUGGUUCGUCAUCAUCUCCAUGAACCUGACCAUGCACACCGCAGCACUCCUGAUGUGGUUCCAAUGCACGCCCGUCGCUAGAACCUCGAACCCGUGGAUCGAAGGUGUUUGCUGGGACACCAUGAUUCUCAUCAUUUACAACAGCUUCACAGCUGCGUACUCGGGGCUGUCGGAUAUCGCCCUCGCGGAAAGAAUCGGCAUGCUCGUCUGCAUGAGCAUGGGUGUCUUUGCCGGCCUGACGUCUCUAGCCAAGACGCCUACCUUCCCCGCAAUGGCUAACACCGAUAUGAUCAACACUGUCCCUCUCGUCAUCUUGGGCGUCGCCGAGUGCUCCGUCACCAUUAUGGCUUGCUCAAUCCCCGUUCUCCGCGCCCUUCUCCGAACCAGCCGCACCGGCAACGCCUCCGAGAUCACGCAGGGCCGAAUCCCGACCCCGACCACAGGUUCAACCCUGGGCUGGCGUGGCGACGAGGAGGCCUUCACCAAAGAACUCGACAGCUACAGCCCUGUCAAGAUCUCCACCUCCAGGACACCCACCACCGCGUCGGGCAAGUCAUGGAGGAUCUGA